AUGUGCGAACGCGUAUCGAAAGAGAUGUUAAGUAGAUAGUGGCGUAGAGGGUACAUGAAAUUGUACACAAUUUAAAACUGAAGCAAUUAAGAUUACAACUACAAACACUUGCAGCUUGCAACAUAACUUGGAUUACUUGUUGAAUGCUGCAAGUGGUCUCGACCAGUGAGUGCCGCCAACGACGCCAACCAACGCUAGCAAAAAUACUGAAAAUUGCCAUAAAUGCCGCUGCAGCUACCCAAAACAGCCAGCCGACCCGCAGACCCAGAUGAAUGCUCCACUCAAAAUGCUGUUCCACAACAAAGGCGCUAUAUUUUCGGCUGCUUUUAGUAUAUGGCUAAUAUGCUGUUGUUUACCCAGCGCCGAACCACUCGUUGUGCCACAGGAGCUGCCCUCCAUACUAUCGUUAAUCUAUUCGAAUAUACCACCUAUUAAAAAAGGUACCGACUCUCGCCUCGGCUUCGGCUUUCGUCUCGGCAAUCAUGCCGACUUUCAAGUACUACUCGAAUUAGGACCACAGAAAAAUACACGUCCGAUCGGCGAGAAUACUGAUUCGGAAAAUAAUUUCAAUAAAAGACAAAUUAGCAAAGCGCAUCGAGACUAUCUGCUGCGGAAGCAGGCACAAGAGGCGCUCAAACAGCUGAGCAGUAGCACCACCACUGACGACACCGUCAGCACAAUCACAUCAACCGAGCCUACAGCAGCCAGUUGGUUGGAGAAUUGGUCCAAAGCUAUGCAUUCGAAUAUGAAUAGCAACAACAACAACGACGCUAGCGCUGGCAUUGCGGCGAGUAAAAAGAAAUCAACGCCGAAAUUUACACAAAUCACAGCGAAAAAGCACCAACAGCAAC